CUAAAGAUGACUGGCGCCCACGUUUCUCUGGUGCAUAAGGUCUUAUGGCAAACCAUGGAAACGCCCACAGCGAUAAAAACAUAGGCCACAGUUUAUUAUGGAUCUAACGUCGUCCUAAACUUUCGUCUUGCUGCGCAGUGAGGAGAUCCUGGAAAAAAGUUAACUCAAGUUUCAUUUGGAGGAGCACGGAUUCGGCUGAUGCAGUUUUUCCAAUGUUGAUAUUUCUGGAGUGUCAGUGUCAGUGAUGGAGGGAGAUACAGUCACUCUAAACAGUAAUGUUCAAACAAACCAACAAGAAAAUAUGAAAUGGUAUUUUAAUGACAUGCAACUAGCUCAAAUCAGUGGAGAUCUCAGUGAUACCUGUACAGAUGUUCAGUGUAAAGAGAGAUUCAGAGACAGACUGAAGCUGGAUCAUCAGACUGGAUCUCUGACCAUCACAAACCUCACAAAAACAGACUCAGGAGAAUAUAUACUAAAGAUAAUCAUCAGCAGAAACAGCAUCAGUGAAAAGAUUUUCAAUGUUACCAUUUAUGUGGUUCCGGGUAACGUUAGGCCUAACGUUACAGAGCAAAUCAUUUCACUGAAGGAGGGAGUAUCUGUUACUUUAGAUCCUGGUGUAAUAAAAUACCUCAACGAUUUGUUCACAUGGCAUUUUAAUGACACUCUCAUCGCUGAAAUCACUGGAUAUCGAGCUAAGAUCUGUGAAGUUGAACAGUGUUAUAGGAAAUUCAGAGACAGACUGGAGCUGGACUAUGAUACUGCAUCUCUGCGCAUCCAUGGCAUCAGAACCACAGACUCUGGACUCUAUAAACUACAGAUCAACACUAUCAGUGUGAAGAGCUUUGGUGUUUUUGUUUAUACAAUUGAACCUUCAGGUGCUGUAGCAGGAUUAAGGCCAGCUGCUGUUCUGCUUUUUGCCGCUGCUGUAGUUGUGGUGCUUUAAUACAAGCAAUAUAAGAGAAUGUGUUUUUAUGCUGCUGAACGAGAUGAAGUGAAGAGGAAAUCAGUGAAAGAGACCGAUAUUAAUUACGGAUUUAGCCCGCAUGCCAUCAACAGGUCCUUCAUCUGCACUCGUUCACAAAAGCUCACACACGCACUCUUGUCGUCUGGUAUUAUCAGUCUGCAUGAGAAUGUAUCUACCUUAUUUAUUUAACUUCGCUGUCUUCCUCCAU